UAUGUAAAGUGUAGCGGUCUAACAACAACACGCAUGCAGCACUUGCAUGCUUUCCGCGGGAUUUAUGUAUUUGGCCAGUCAUGUCGACGAUGAAUGGAUAUUUUUACAUAAUUAGUCCAAGAUGGUGACCCCAUUUGUGGAAGGCUGGGACUUUGUGCAGACACUGGGGGAGGGGGCAUAUGGAGAGGUGAAGCUUGCGGUCAAUCGUAGCACACAGGAGGCUGUAGCUGUCAAGAUACUCAGUCUGGACAAAGCAAAAGGGGCCCUAGAGAAUGUCCGCAAAGAGGUCUGUGUCCACAGGAUGAUGAACGACGAUCACAUUGUUCGCUUCUACGGCCAACGCAAAGAAGCCAACAUUCAGUAUCUCUUCCUGGAGUACAUGAGCGGGGGAGAGCUCUUUGAUAGAAUUGAGCCUGAUAUUGGUAUGCCAGGCAAGCAGGCCCAUCGGUACUUUGUUCAACUGAUGGCCGGCGUUGAGUAUUUACACAAGAAGGGUGUGACCCAUCGAGAUCUGAAGCCAGAAAACUUACUUCUGGAUGAUAACGAUAACCUGAAGAUCUCAGAUUUUGGUCUAGCCACGGUCUUCCGGCACCAGGGCAAAGAGCGUCUGAUGGCCAAGUGUUGCGGGACGCCUCCCUACGUCGCUCCAGAGGUCAUGAAGAAGGAGGAGUUUCCUGCCGAGCCGGCUGACGUCUGGUCCUGUGGGAUCGUUCUUGUGGCCAUGCUGGGCGGAGAACUGCCGUGGGAUGAACCGACGUACGAAUGUAAGGAGUUCCGUGAUUGGUUGGAUAAGAAGAUGCACCUGUCGCCGUGGAAGAAGAUCGAUCCCUUGCCAUUAGCAUUACUUCGGAAAAUCUUGACGGAGUCUCCUACCAAGCGCUGCACAAUAGCCACACUGAGGAAAGACAGAUGGUACAAUGGCAAAACUUGGCCUCACAGACCCCCAUCAAGUUCACCAACAAGUUCCGGUUCAUUCAAGCGUGUCUGCUCAGGCAAUGACCUUUCACCUACGUCAUCUAUCAGAAGAGAGAACUCAGCCACGUUCUCCAGCUCCCAGCCCAUACCGCACGCCGUCCAUGACAUGCCCACACCAGAAACCACCAAAGAAUCCGUGGAGAAGUUAAUCCUCGGCGUCAGCUUCUCACAGCCGGUCCACAUUGACUCCUUGCUGCUGAGUAGUCAGAUACAGUCAACGCCCGGUAGCUCACAGACACCUAUGCAGAGACUAGUUAAGCGCAUGACCAGGGUUUUCACCAAACUUAGCCCCGACGAAACCAUCAAGAAACUCACUGCCGUACUAGAGAAGAUGGGCUACAGCUGGAAAACGACAACGGCAAGACAGGUCACAAUCACAUCUCUGGAUCGACGGAAGAACCCGCUGAUCUUCAAAGCACACCUGCACGAGAUGGACGACAAAGUACUUGUAGACUUCAGACUAUCAAAGGGUGAUGGUAUCGAGUUCAAGCGACACUUCCUCAAGAUAAAAGGAAAGCUGGUGCACAUCACCACCAAAGUACCCCUGCUCUCCCCUUUUGUCUGAAUGGCCUGACCCAGCUGGGUCAGAGGUCACAACACUCAGCAUUUCCCGAUUGAGGGUAGCAGUAUUAAUACCAACUCUUCCAUUAAUUAUGAAGGUAGUUUUGUAUCACUAUUUUUGUCAGGGUUUUAUGCGAUCACGAGUUCCUACGAUCAGCUUGUUCCACAAUCCACAGUGCCUGAAAAAAAUCUCGCAAUCUUUGGAACUUCAGGAAUUGUGGCCUUUUACUCAUGAUCAGGUGGUGAUUCGUUGUGAACGACGUCAACUUGUCAUCAAAUUUGGCAGGCUUGUUGUUUGAGAAACUUGAGUUAUUUCAAUUCAAACUUGGCCCAGUUACACUGCAUCUGAAUCGCAUGGGUGCCACUGCCAAUUGACACAUGUGUCCAGGGAUAGCUGACUGUCAAUUUGUGUGUUUGCUGAGUUUGGCAUGAUGAUAAAUCUCCAGAUACCUUUAAAUCUGCAAUUUUUUUUCUCAUCGUUUUCCUGAUUCAAGAUGGAUAAACCAACCAUUUUAUAAAAUUGCAUUGUCCAUGAUAGUCAACACACAAGCUUUGACAAGUUAGGAGGAGAGAAUUGACCAGAAAAUGUUGAUCAACUUACUUCCUUUUCAAUAAAUGAAUCAAAAGCAACAUUUAUAAUUAUCAUCCUGUAUUUUAAGGUUUACACUUUACACAAAAGAGUGUUUUCCCCCAUAUUUUAUCAAGGUAUAAUGUAUUAUAUAAACUGAUGCAUUGAAUGCACUGCAUACCUUACAAAAGCGUCAUAGAAAACAGCAGUUACAAGUGUUGAGCCGGAUAUAUACUAUUAUUGAAGGCAAGUUGUCAAAAGCCCAUCACAAGCCAAUCAAUGUCAAUGUUGCCUAUUUUUUUUUUAAACAUGAAAUGUACGUUUUUGAGGUUUUGGUUCCACUUCUUUUGACUCACUCUGUAGAUCUGACUUGCGAGGACUUGCUGAUGUCAACUCUACUGCUAUUUCAUGUUCCUUCGGUUGUGUAGCCUGUUCUCUAAAUAUCUAGAAGCCAAAUAAUGAGUUCCUUGCUAAUUUUCAGCUUAUCUGGAACCGGAAACCGUUAAUUAUAUUCUCGUCGUCUUCACUGUGCCAAACAAAAAUGAUUGGAUUUUCAUGUGUACAAUUUCUUUAAUCUUUUGUUCCGAUCAUCACGUUUGCUAACGUUUUGCAUUUCAAGAUAAUAUUUUUGUAAUCUUAAAAGAAGCUUUUUGGAAAAAAAAACACAUUGUUACAAAGUAAAUUAAAGAUCCACUGGAAAAAAAUA